GGAACGAACCGAAACAGUGCGAAUUGUGCGACUGUGUGCGAGCGAGAACGAAGGUACAGGCGAAAUACAAACAAACGGAGCUAUCAUCAUCAUCAGCAGCAGCAGCAACACAAGAAUAAAAGGUUGUAGAUAUUGCACCGUGUGACUCAUCAGCAAAGCUUGACCGAGCAGCAGCGAUAAGCACAGAAAAUUAGCAGCCGACGACAUACUGCUGCGCAUUGUUUUGGAAACUAUAAUAUUGGGAAAUAGUGGUUGUUUUCGGUAGAGCAGUAUCGCAAGGAAGGAAGAAUGUCGCUGAAUACAGCACACGCCAACAACGGCGUACUGAUACACGCCGCUGAAGGAAUACUCAUCUUCAGCGAUCAUGUGACGAUUGAGUUUACGGGUCACAACAAUGGUGCGAUGAAGGGUAGCAAGCAGGGCCGCGUCUAUCUGACGACGCACCGGGUCAUCUACAACAGCAAGAGCGAAACCGAUUCGCUCCGUUCCUUUAGCAUGCCGUUCGUGUCGAUGCGCGAGGUCGAGGUCGAGCAGCCCGUCUUCGGUGCGAACUACAUCAAGGGAAAGGUGAACGCGCAGCAGAAUGGUAACUGGGAGGGUGAGGCAAAGUUUAAGAUCGUUUUCAAGCACGGUGGCGCGAUCGAUUUCGGCCAAGCGAUGCUGAGGGCUGCGUCCAUCGCCCAGCGGAACGCGGGCAAUGCUCCACCACCACCGUACACCCCGCCCGGCGGUGAAUGGUAUGCGGCUCCACCGCCAGCUUACACUCCGAACCCGUACGGAUAUGGCUGGGUACCGGGAGCAACCGUGUUCCCCGAACAGCCGCAACCGAACUCGAUCUACAUGCACGACAGUCCACCACCGUAUCCGGGAAUCGUGCCAGGAAUGCAGGGUCCACCUGGUUACUCGUACCCACCGCAGCAGCAGCAACAUCAGUUUGCCGGGGGCUAUCCGCAUCCACCGGCAGCGGGCGGUUACCCGGUACAGGCCGGGUUUGCUGCCGGACCGGGUGCCGGUUACCCGAAUGGAAAUGUCGCACAAGGCGGCUAUCCGCAGCCGGGACCGUCGAGCGGUGCGAUGGGCUUUACAGCUCCACCGCAACCACCGGCAAAUUCGAAGGAAGCGGAAGCAGCCCAAAGUGCAUAUUACGACCCGAACAGGCCCCAGACAGCAUACGUUCCACCUCCAGCAUACUACGAACCACCACCAAGCUAUAGCUCGCUCAACAAGAAGGAACAGUAAACACAAGGUACGUGUGCGUUUUGUUUGUGUUUUCCUCUAA